UACACAGGAAGUCACUGACAUGGCAGACGAUCGUACGCAGGAAAUGGAGCCAUUAACUAAAGAAGAAAUUCCUAUACUUGCCACUGCAUGUGCAACAGGAGAUUCAGUGCAUGUCACAUCCGAUGAAAUGCAGGAUGGUGUCAGCACUGCUAACAUGCCACUGAACCAACUGCUGGAUCAGGAUAAAAAUGUAGCCGGUGUGACAAAUUCUUGUUACAGUGAAGUGCCUAGCCAAAGUAGGUCAGAGAAUGGACAAACUAAUGUGCCAAUAAAAGUACCUAUAAUUGCUCCAUCACCAGACUUACAAGCAAACAGUGAAGAGGAGCAUGGAGAAGAUGAAGAAGAUGAAGAUGAGGAGGAUGAGGAUGAGGAUGGCAAUGAAUGGGUAACUGAUGAGGGAGAAGAGUCUGACGUGGAGGAUAACGUGGAGUUAGCAUUUCCUAAGCAGAGACGAGAGUCUAAUCCAGAGCUGCCAGACACUGUCACAGUGCUGGAUGCACUACAUGGCAGUAAGGUGUACCUCGUGGGUACGGCUCACUUUAGCAUAGAAAGUCAGGAUGAUGUUUCAAAGGUGAUCCGGGCUGUCCAGCCAGACGUGGUGGUGGUAGAACUUUGCAAGAGUCGCAUUAAUAUUCUUGAGCUAGAUGAGGCUAAACUCCUGGAAGAAGCCAAGAAUAUCAAUCUGGAAAAGUUCCGUCUGGCUAUAAAACAGAGUGGGGUGGUGCAGGGGGUUAUGCACCUGUUGCUGCUGAGUAUGUCUGCGCAUUUGACAAAACAACUAGGCAUGGCGCCAGGUGGAGAGUUUCGAAGGGCAUAUCAUGAGGCCAGACACGUACCCGGCUGUCGGCUCCAUCUAGGUGACCGACCAAUUCAGAUCACACUUAAACGAGCACUGGGAGCCCUCUCUUUUUGGCAAAAGAUGAAAUUGGCAUGGUACCUCAUGACAUCAAAAGAUCCAAUAAGCAAAGAAGAUGUUGAAAAGUGCAAGCAGCGUGACCUGCUGGAACAGCUUCUGAAAGAAAUGACAGGAGAGUUCCCUGCCCUUAGCCGUGUCUUUGUUGAUGAACGAGAUGUUUUUCUUGCACAUUCCUUGAAAAUAGCUGCUCGGCCUCGUGAAUACCAUGAAGUUCCUGAAGGUUUCAUACCCACUGUGGUGGUUGGAGUGGUUGGUAUUGGUCAUGUGCCUGGUAUCGUCAGCAACUGGGACAAAAGUCAAGACAUUAAGGAUAUCAUGAUCAUACCACCCAGCUCUCUACUGGGCACAGUGUUGCGAUGGAGUGUCAGGGCCAGCCUUCUAUGCAUCUUGUCCUACAGUUGUUAUCGUCUCUAUCGAUGGACUUCCCACUUCUUAUUGUGAAGUCUUCCCAUCAUGUGUGCUAUUCAUGGACUUUAAAUGUGUCAAUUUUUAUAAAUUAUGCCAGCAGAUGAACAGAAGGCUGCAUUUGGAGUGUGGAUGGUGAACUAGUUCCAAAAUGGAAUAAAAGUAUUUUGUUUGAAUGACUUUUUAGCAAGCCUUGAAAAGCAAGGAAAACUGAGUGUGCAAAAAUGCAUUAAAAUCCAGCCAAUGUUUGGGUGUUUCCCAGAAAGGGGACUAUGCAAGACUUUAGCUAUGGUACUAAGUAUUGUUUCAUUUUUGCUUCUUCAUGCAAUUUUUAUGGUUAUUGGCCUAUUUAGUUUUUUAAAACAAUUGUUUAUAAUUUAGCAAGAUGUGUAACUUGCACCAAAACUGUUCUCUUGGAUUGUGAUAGCGAUAAAGAAGGCUACCUUCUACUGUAAGUGUAACAGUG